UUCUGAUUUUAGAGCGAAGCCUAGGAUGUCCGCAGUGGCAGGCCGUAGAACCUACACAGAGGACGAACUCCAAGCGGCGCUCAGAGACAUCCAAUCGGGAAAAUUAGGGACGCGAAGGGCGGCCGUCAUCUACGGUAUCCCCAGAUCGACGUUACGCAACAAAGUGUACAAACUGGCCCUGGAGAGGGAGAGAGAGUCGCACAUCAACAGUUCGGCUCCCCUGAAACUCGAAGAAGAAGAAGCGAUGGACGAUGACAAGGAGCUGUCGGGCGCCGAAGAGGAAAAGGAAGUCGAGAAAGCCUUGCAGGCGCCGCUGCUUUCCAUGGCGGAUCUGUACAGAUUUUCAGGAAGAGAACAGCCCCCCGACGCCUUGAAGACACUGCUCCAACGGGGCAAAGAGGGGAUGAACCCCAGCGAGAUGGGGCCGUACAUAAAAAAUCUCAUUAUGGCGUCACAGAAUAUCCUCGCGAAUCAAAAAUCGCCCGAAGGCACGCCAAUGAUUCCGGAACUGAUGAAAAUGAUAGCCGAAGAACAACUAUUGAAACAGCAGCAUCAGCAAUACAACAACGGCGACAACGAGAGGCUGUUGAGGCCGAGCCCGAGCAAUUCUGUCAUCACGAAAAUUGAAAGGGCCAAAUCCGAGUCGGACAUGGAAACAGAAGACUCGCCGUCGAAUGUGAUACUGAAAAUUCCGUCCUUUAGGCCGACGUCGAGUAAAAACGGUUGCGAUAUCUUUAGGAACCCGGUGGAAGCGACAGGUAGUAUGAUUUCGCCGCCAGUAACCAGCGAAUCUGGAUCUCCUCCCAUCAUGCCCAAUAAAGGGUUGAUAAUCAAAGACGUUAAGGAUGUUAUAGCUCAAAGCAUCAGUCAAAAAUUCCAACAGUCUCUCGAACCGAGAAGGCCGAUUAUAGAAGUAGACUUUAAGAGGGGUAGAUUUACGCCUCCCCUGGGGGCGGGCAUAUCCGUCAUCAAAACUCAACAUGAAAUGAACAGGCAGUACCAACCCCCGCCCAAGCCGCAACAGCAUUUAAACAACACCACCACCACGACAGGUGGAAAAGGAACCCGCCCCAAACGAGGAAAAUACAGGAACUACGACCGCGACAGCUUGGUGGAAGCCGUCCGCGCGGUCCAACGUGGCGAAAUGUCCGUCCAUCGGGCGGGCAGCUACUACGGCGUGCCCCACUCCACGCUCGAGUACAAAGUAAAAGAGAGACAUUUGAUGCGACCGCGCAAGCGCGAUCCCAAACCGAACCCGGUCGACGAGAAACUAGCGACGCUCAAGCAAAACGACAUCCGCCUGGCCCAAGACAAGAUGAAGCCGAUGAUGAAGCCGCCUCAGCAGAAGUACCCGCCGACGUCGCCAAACGGCAUGAAGCUGCCCAUCUUCGAGCCGGGAAUGACGCCUUUGGCAGGCUACAAUGCUCCCCCGUUUCCGUUCUGGCCGCACCACCCGGGCUUCGCGCAUCUUCCCCUGGACUACGCGAGGAACCCCACGUCGCCUUUUCCUCCACCCAGCCCGGACUUCUUCGCGUCGCAGAUGAUGCAGAAGCUGCAGGAGGAAUCGUCGAGGACGAUGUCCGCGGUGCCGUCGCCUGCACUCGCCAAAAACGCCCGCCAGAUGGCGGAGUCUCUGCUCGAAGGGCCUGGAGCGAAUGGGUCGUUUUUGGACGGCAUCAUCCGAUCGAGUUUAGAGUCGGGAGUGCCAGUGAGUGAGGAGAAAUCUUCGAACGAAGAGAAGAACCUCGCGCCCGAAAAUAUGUCGAACAAGGCGCUGCUAGACCAGCUCUGUCGGAAUAGUAGGCUGACGCCUUUGUCGAAGCCCGCAGCGACAACGGAUGGGAACAGUUCCGGGGACGAAUCUUACGCUAAAGGUUUGAGUCCUCUGAACUUCGCCACAGGAGCGUCCCACGAAGACAACAACGAUGACGAUUCGUCAUCGAGAUAUGAAAAAGACGUUUCCGACGUCAACGCCAUCGAACUCUCAAACGAUUCGAACGCUUCGAGCGAGAGGAAGGCGACCGACGAGACGGAGAGGAAACAACCGAGAAUUUACCUGAACCAGGACCUGGCCAAGCCAGAAAACUUGAAGCCCGAGAUGUUGGUGCGUUUUCGGGAGGCGCUCGACCAUAACGGCUUGAACGAGAGCAGCGCUUCAGAAAACGACGGCCCCCAAGACUGACAUCAACCGGAAAGAAAAAACGUUUGUACCUUUGUAAGUGAAAGAAUUUUAUACUGAAGACGUGUACUAUACGCAUCAGCGUAUAUUUAUAUAUAAUAAAUAAUUCAAAAGUUUCCACGUUGGAAACGCGCGUGGUUGUAAGUGAAAAUCGAGCUCGAAAUGACGGUGUUUGUUGAUAAUAAUAAUUUAUUUUCGUUUUCUCGUUGAUUUUUAGCGUAGUGUUUUGGUAAGCAUCAAAGCAGUCAACUGUAUAUUAGGUGUUUUUUGACUCUAAAAGUAUAUUACUGAACAGCUUAUCCGUGGAACUGGCCGGUUCAACAAUUAUUAUCAUUCUAAUAAUAAUAUACAUCAGAUGAUUACAAAAAAACUGCCUACCAUCGACUAGUGAGGUCAGCUUUGAAUCCAAACCACUGGAAAUUUCAUUUCAAGGUCGUUGGACAUUCCAAAAUUGUAACAGUCAUUGUACUCAUUUCGUUUUCAAUUAUAUUACCAUUUCGAUUCAAAAUUUAUACUCCGUUAAUUGAUUCCAAUAUUUAUUUGAUUAAGUUCUUCAAGACACUCAAAUGUAUGCAUUUUUUUAGUUAUAACGUCAUUCUUGCCCGGUUGUGAUUACAGUGUGACCAGAAAGUUUAAGUUAAUUUAUAUAAUGGGGAUUUCUAAUGCCAUUUUUUGGAGUAACGAAUCAUUUUUCAAAACUAUUCAACAUAUGAUAUUUGAUGGAAUAUUAUGAGUUGUAUAUUUUUUUCUAUUAAAAACACUUUUUCGAAAAACAAUCUUUUGUUCAAUCAUAUUUUCAGACACAUUUCAUUAAAUAAUAAAAAAAUGGUUCCUUUCGUAAUUUUUUCACCACAAUUGCUUGCUGAUUGUGUAAUUUUUUCUCACAACUUUUUUAUUGCGAACAAAAUAUUGUGUAGCGAAAAUUAUAAAUUAUUUUUAUUUUUUCAAAUAUAUACAAAAAAUAUAUUUCAAAUGUCGACAACUAACAACUUCAAUUAUCUAAUAGAAAACGAUCUGUGACAUUUGUUGGAAGUUUACCUUUUUUUUCCCCACAAAAAAUUAUCUUAGUUUAGUAUCUGGAAAAUCAUUCUCUCAUUCCUAAUUUUUUUUACUAAUGCAUUCCAUAAUUGAACGAACAUAAUCAAUACUGUCCAAACUCUCUUCCGUUGAACGUUUUUUUAUCCAAUCAGUGGAGGUGGUUUUUCUGUAACGUACAUUUUCAAAAACUCUCCCGCAUUUUGGUCGUUCCGCGCAAAGAUAAAUGUUCACUGUUCGAUGUAUUUGGCAUGUACCAAAAAGAAACCUACUUAUCAUAAAUGUAUUCUCUAUGUGUCUUCGGCGUCGCGUAUACCUCAAACUGUAUAGAAAACUACACGAUUCAUGUUUACAUGCAUUUAAACUGCUUUGAUGAAGAAGAAUGGUUAUACGUGGGGGUGGACUUUGAUCUGGACGUCAUGCCUCUACCUACAUUCUUGGUAAAGAUGAUUUCGUUUCAGAUAAGUGGCCGGUUAACCUUUCAAAACUUACUUUGGGAAUAUAAUAUAGGUGGCCAUCCUUCUGGAAUAUUUUUCCAAUCCUGAUCUUUUUAUAUUCGCGAACCUCAGGCAUUCCAUCAUGAACUACUUAUGAAUAGUGAAGACACGCCUGAAGAAGCUAUUGUAUAGCGAAACACGUGUUGCGUUUUUGUAAAACUAUUUAGUGAAAAUCACACAAUGAAGUGCUCUUGCAUACACUAUGGAUUUUCAUCAAGUAUCCAUCACAUACCAAUAGCGAUAUUAGCUUUUAUUUUGAGGGGAUUUGAACUUAGAAAAAUGUUUAGAUAUGUCAUAGAACUGGCCGGAAUAUACUGAUAGAAAUCCAUCAAAGUGAUUUAAGUGAUACUUUAUUGUGACAGUUUCUUUCAAAAUCGCCACACGUUUAUUAACGGUCAAAUAAAAAAUUCAAAAGUAUUUAAAAAAAAGUUCAACUAUUCUUCAACUCUAUUUGAAGAAAAAUCAAACAGAAGUUUUCAAAAGUAAACUCAAGUAAGAUUAAAGUCAAAAGUAAGAAACAUCCAUCGACUUCUUCAAUUCUUUAGGAUGCCAUUUGGACUGUGAAAUCCCCCUGAAGCCUCGCAAAGGGUGAUUGAUGGACAAGCAAUCAAAAGUUGAAACAGGUGAAUAAAAUGUUUAAUUCUCGAGUUUUGAUUAAAAAUUUAAAGUCAUAAAUACAUACGAAUACAGUUUUUGAAAGUGUUUACAAAAUUUUGGUUGACAAAUAACCUAUUAGUUUGCGCAACCUACACUAUUUUCAAAAGGCUCAACCUACCUUAACUGAAAUGAAAACAUUUUCCGCAAGUUUAUAGGAGAGAAUUGUCGCAGAUCAAGGAUUUCCCCCGGACUAUUAUAUAUCGAAAACCCUGGGAUAUUCCCAAAAUUGAAAAAUUAUAUCUAUCUGUGAUUUAAUCAAAAUUUUUGAUGUAUAUUUUCUCUAAAAAUAUCUUAAAUAUUAUUAUAUGAAAUUAAACAAUUAGAGAUAGUUAAUUGAUAUGAAUAUUUGAAUUCUGAUGAACCAUUGGAAAAUUGAUUGUGGAAAUUCUUUGAAACCAUCAGUUUUCCAAGUGAUAUUUUUUUGUUUUCUUUGUCAUAUAACAAUGAAGUGCAAUUAGAUGGUAUAUACAUACAUAUAUAUUUACAUCAAUAUUAAGUAGUAUAUAAGAUAUAUUGAAUAUAUUAUAUAUUUGAAAAUGGAAGCUAUUUUGUUUUGAGAGAAAAAAGAUUGACUCCAGGUAGAGUUUAAAAAAUGCUUUAUUCCCCCUUCAACAACCGUCAGAUAACUUACUACAACCAACCAAAACCAAACCGAUACCGACAGUUAAAGGUAGUCAAAACUAUAAACGUCAUUUCAUACUAACUUUUUUUUAAUGAUGAUCCCAAAUUUUGAGUCAAGGUAACAAGUGGAAAAUCUAACGAUAUUUCUACAGCUUAUCUUUUCUGUGUGAACGAAUCAUUUCAAUUAAGAAAGUUUCUUGUGCUUUAACAAUUCAGAUUGUCGUGAAGGUCUACAUCACUUUUGUAUCAGCCUAACAUAGAAACAAAAAUCUUAAAUGAUUUAUUUUGAGCACUGAUUCAUUCUGAGGAUCCACAAAAGGUAUUACUGUCACUUGAGUAAAUCGUAAAGUCGAUAAACAUAGAAAACAUUUGAAUUGAGGAGAUUAAACUUAACUGUACUGAACCAAUCUUCAAAUAUUUUUUUUCUGUAGACCCCUUUUAGUGAUGUUCUCGAUUCGUCUAGAUACAUUUGGGUUACAAAAUACUCCUACUACUUUACAAAGAGACAUGACCUGUUUUUCUCUCUUGAAAUGAUUAUUGUAUCUGCUGCAACCUUUUGUGGCUGAAAUAAAAUACUGAUUCUGAUGAUAAUAAUAAAAAAAAAUCAAUCCAUGGAAUUUGUCUCGUUGAUUCCAAAAUAAUUCUGCAAUUACGGGAAUUGGAAUAACUACUAUGGAAAUGGAGUUUCUCAAUAGGUUAACUAAAAGAAUCACAAAGUAUGGAAAAAAAUAUGUGUAUGUUGUAAUCGAGCAGUGAAUCUACACGACAAACAAUUUUCUUCAUUCAAAACUAAGGGAGUUAACAUUGAAUCAUUUGAAAAUGAAGGGGUUUCCAUUGGAUAAAAGUUAGGUUUCCUCGAGUUCUGUAACUUGAUUCGUUAUUUGGAUAAGUACCCAAAGUUGGCAUGAACUGACGCUUAUGGGAUUUGGCAACCAUCAAACCAAACCAGAUUUUACAGUGAACACAUAUUUAAGUUGGACCAAUAAAUGCAGUAUGUUGUAUAUAUUGUGGUAUGCUUUUCAUACAUAUCGUUUGAGGGCGCCACUGAAUCGAACACGGUUCCAAACAGUGACUAGUUUUAGUUGAUGCCAGAAUCAAAACGAGCCCCGGAGACUCAGCCGCGUCCUCAAAACAAAACAUUCCAACCAUAUAUGUGCCAGAUUUUUUAUUCGCAACAAAUUAGAGUUGAAACAAAUGAAUUAUUAACAGAUUUGUGAUCUCGGCCCUAAGGGCCUCCUAGAUCAUUGGAAUGCGUCUUUUUUUCGAAAAGAAAAUGUUACGUUUGAAGCUUCGAGCUUCCUAGUUCUUGUAGUUCUAAGGUUUUUAAAAAAAACACUGUUUUAAAUGUUUGUGUGUCUCACUUUUGCGCUUGCAAUGCAACAACAGUAUAAGCUCAACUUUCAAAAGCGAACCUAACUUGUUAUACAUUCGUAACCUCACUUUCAAUAUACCUCUGAUGAAUUGUACUCGCCAAAUUUUUAUGUUCAAAUUUAUACAAGGUUAGGGUGAUUUUGAGUUGAGCGGAAAACAAAAAUAGUCUCGGCUUUAGUGUAACAUGUACCAAAUUGUGAAUUUCGCGCGAAAAUUCAGAUAAGCAAGUGUGCCACCGAUUCUGUGCAAUUUUUCAAUUCCUAGUGUUUAUGAAUCGUUUACAUUAAUUUUAAUGUGAUACUUUGUUAUAUAAAGACACGUUUUUUUAACGCCUCUUUACUUUUUUUUAUAAAUGCGGUCCAAACGAAUGUUGAAGUCAACAGUGUAAAAGUAACCUUACAAGUAUACGCGUAAAAUAAUAUUUUUAAUGUUGAAAAUCUCUUGCUUCUGAAGCAACGCUGGAUUAGAAAACAAGCUAUUGUGUUCGUAAAUUGUUAUCAAAUGUUUGUAUAUGAUACAAUGCAGACUUUUAUUUUGAAUGUUAAAAUAUUAAUUUGUAUAUUGUUGUAGCCUUCGAGUUUUCACAGGGUAGUUUAUUUUAGGACGGCUUGUCAAGUGAUUUCUUUUAUUUAUAUAUCUACUGUUCUUAUUUGUUGUAUAUGUAUUAUUUGUUUAACAAUUAUAUGGCAUGCGAUUGCUUAGGAGACCCUCAACUAAAAUAGACUAUUCUGUACCGGCCCUUAUAGUUUCUUGCACCCCCAACCCAAAGUGUCAGUAUUUUGUUUGAAAAUAACGGACCAAGGUCUUGUUAGAUUUAGAAGUAUCAUUCCAUGUUUAGCUUUUUUUCACAACUAUAAGACUUCUAUAGUUUUUAUUCCUAAAUAUUUUUUUACGUACACAUAAUUAUAAUGAUUUUUAUAGCAAACGUAUUUGUUAAUUAAUUUUUAGUUCUGUAGCUCGGUAAGAUUUAUGGAUUAAGUUUUGCUUUAAUAUCGUGUAAAUAGAACUCUCAGCGCACCUCAAUGUUGUGUGAACGCUGACAAUUCAAAACGUUGAAACCUCUAUGCAAGUCGGUUUAGUUUAUUCAACAAGAUUUUUUUCAGCAUCCAUAAUAAACAAUAGUACGUACAAUUUCCCCACAUUCAACCACACUGAAGACAGAGCAAAAUUUCGUGAGAAGUUGGUAUUAUGUAGAUUGUGUUAUGUUUUUACGUUGCGAUAUUUUUAGACGAUUUUUCUCGGGUGCAGAUUUCAGUCGUUUUCCAACACAGCCUUACAGAACUAUCACACAAAGCCAGUAUUGAAUAUCAAGAAGUAUUUUUUUCAUGAAUCUGAACGUCACUUGUUAUAAUUCGAACUCAAUCAUUGUCCUUUGUUGUAUGUUCAGUAUUCAAAAUAGUCGUACUAAAAUUACGACUAUCAUCAUCAGCAAUAGCUGAUCAACAGAAAAACAGAUUUUUAAAACAGAUUUCUCUAUUAGAGUCCACUUACUUUAAUUGAUGUCACUAUAUAGAUUACUAGAAUUUAUGGACAAUUUAGCUGUUCAAGCAUAUCGAGAACCGAAAAAUAACCAACUGAAAACGAUGUAGAAAUAUUCUUUCAACAAAUAAACAAAAGAAGCAUCUAGAUUCUCCUGAGAAUUCCCACUCCAGGACUCAUUGAAAAAUGUUGAUUAAAAAAUAUGAACAUCAUGACAAUGAACUCGUUGUUUUCCAAAUUCAGAAAUAGAAAAAGCCUUUUCUAAAUACUCCAUAAAACCAUUACCGAUUAAUGUGAUUACCCUUCGGAUUUCAAAAUGCACCUGAUACCUUCCAUAGAGUAAUGGACUUCUUUAGCAUCACAUUUUUUUCUGAACAUUCUGAAAAAUAUCAAUUGAAAAAGUAUUUCCAUUCAAUUCUUUGAAGGUUUUUCGAGAUAUGAAACCAAAUUAUCAAUAAAAUAAAAAAAAUUCAAAUGAAAGUGAUAUCUUUUUUGCAUGCUAUCAUCGUUAAUAUAUUUCGUUUUUGGAGAAAAACAUCAGUUUUGUUGAUCAAAUAUCUUUUUAUUCGAUAUCUGGACGAAAGUAAACAACAGUAGGACGGAUCAGUCACAGUUUCAGCCUUAUCUAUUUUUCGUUGACUCGCUCACACACCAAUGACACUCGUGGAAACGACACUUUCGACCACCUGUUUCAUAUUGUAGAUUUUUUGACAUACAGAGUGUAUACUUAAUAGUUAGUAGUUACUAUAUGUCAAGCUCUGACACUUACAGUACAAGGUUAGGUUUAAUACCCACUAUAUAGUUUUUUGUAAAUGAGACACUAAUAACAAGGUGAUGGCACUUAACUAAUGUUGUAGGUUAAGAAACUUUACUUAGUAUAAUAGUAUCAGUAGAUUAAAUUUAAACCCCUCUACUUACGCUUGUCUUCACUGUGGUAGCAAAAAACAGGUUCAAACAGGAUUAUAUCGUGGCAUAUUUCAAAACGAAAUUAUCUACAACAAACUUUUUUAUAAUUUUUUAAUAAUGAAAAUAAAUUUCAGUUGAUGCUUUUGAAGUGGUUUAUCAAAUUGUUCUGGAACAUUUUCAUUUGUAGAAACGAAUACAUACCUCAACACUCACAUUGAGUAACAUUUUCAACAUAGCAUCAAGUGUAUUUCAAGAUUUUUUUCUUCAGAUAUGAUUAAUGAAUGAGGUGCUAUUGAUUUAUUUGGAAGUGAACGAAAUCUAACAUCCGUAGUAUCUGAUAGCCUUCUCUACAGAACCAUAGUUUACUCUCCACAACUAUAGCAAAAUACAUCAUGUUCUACAUACCUAUACAACACAUGGUUUAUAUUGACUUCAUAACAACUUUUUCCAAAGAAAACAGGCCAACCUAUGUAUAUCUUGCAAGACGAGAAAACAUAACCUAGCCUCAACUCUAGUUGAAAAUCAGAGAUAUUGCUGAUUACACAACAGGCCAACUUCUGUCUAUCUUGCAAGACGAGAAAACAUAACCUUUACCCUCAACUCUAGUUGAAGGUCAGAUAUUGCUGAUUAUACAACAGCCCAACGUCUGUCUAUCUUCCAAGGCGAGAAAACAUAACCUAACCUCAACUCUAGGUUGCUGUCAGAGAUGUUACUGAUUACACAGCAAUAUCUCUGACAGCAAACAUAACCUUACCUCAACUUCCAAUAUAUUUUUAAGUUCCUUGUUCAAAUUUGAUAAAUCAUUUCAAAAUAAAACGUCGCUCGUAACUGUUUCCCUUAUAAUAUGUAGUUGAAACAACAAUAAAAAGUAACGACGGCAGAAAUUAACGUUUAUAACGAAAUCAACAAUUAUAAUUGACAGUUACGACCUUGAAUUUUGAAGCCUAAUUUGAAUUUGAAUUGUUGAAAUAAUUGAGAAAAGUUUAUUUAAUAAUAAAUCGUAGAUUAGUAGGUUGAUAUAGGCAUAAACUUUAAGUAGAAGAUAUAAAGCACUCAACACCAAAGUGUCUUCUCGCUUGUUAUGAUUUUGAGAAUUUUGUACCUGUCCUUGGUGCGUUUAAAAAUUUUCGAUUCGUCUAGUCUGAAUCAAGAACACGUGUGUUUAAAAUUGGUAGGAAUUUUUUUUUAUUAGGAAAAUUGUGAUCGGUCGUUAAAUCGGCGAAGACUGAAACAGACUUUAGGGAAUAUACGGAAAUCGUUUUCAGUUCAACUUGCAAUCGGUUUCGUAACCAACCAAAAUUUUAAAAUAUGCCAUCAUUGACAAAAUCGCUUACGUUUUAUUCUACACUGGGACCAAAAAAUACCAAUUCAUAUCUGAAAUAUCAAAACCCACCACCGAAGUUGAUUAUCAACAAGUAUAUUCAGCGUCGGCGGUAUUUUUUCCAUUAUAUGAAAGAUUUUUGAGCAGACUUAUUUCGAAACUUAAAUAUUCCAUUUUUUGACAAUAUGUUAGGUUUAAAUUUCAGUUCUGCACGAAAGUCAUCUCAUGGAAAGUUUGAAAUGACUUUAGUGUCUCUAACCUACUGGAAAUUUAUGGUUGUUCGAAAAUGGUAGAAGUCGUCUAUAGGUAAACCUUUCUACUGAUGCAUUCAACAGUAUAGUAUGGCUUCUUCUGAACCAUUUAUUACUUUAAUUUAUUUGCCAUGCCAGAAAGACAUUCUGUACGACGUAGUUCUGCGUAUCUCCCUUUUCGGAAGUUCCAGAAGCACGAUUUGAAUAUCUUUUUCGGACAACUAUAAGAAAUUUCGAAUAGGAAAGUGUCUCACAUUAUAAAAUGGUGACUAUAAAUGCCUUUUAGCGUGAAUAUAUUAUAUCAAAUUGUUGUAUUUUAUAUGUAAGGGAAAGACGUUGGACAAUUCCAUCUCACUCGUAUUGUUCGGCAAAGAGUCCGAAGUUUUUCCCGGAAUACAACGUAUUCUUGUUCGUAAAAUAUCUGUGACUUGUAAAUCAUGUUUUAUUAUAAAGUUAGAUGUUUGAACAAUUGCUUUGUGGGAAAUUGUUAUUUUCAGAAAAUAUUUUAAAACCACAAAAAUACAAAAAAAUACCAUACACAUUGUAUAUUUAUAAUGUAAUUCUGAAGUAUACCAGUAUUUAUUAUACUGUGGACUACAUGAAAAUGUU